CAGGAUUGUGACACCAAGAGGAUGUAAAAUGAUUUAGUCGAACGCGGCCCCUCAGUCCUCGGUCACAUGCUUGUCAACCAAGGAUCAGCUGACAUCUCCCAGCUUCUCCUUUUGAUGCUCUUCCUCCUCCGCCGUCUGCAGGUUGCAUUGCAGGGUCGAUGCUGCUAGAGUGGAUGAUGAACGGACACGCCAUUCUUUACACGGGGGUCACUUUGGCCUUCUGGACUACCAUACUAAUCGUCGGAAUCUGUUACACCAUCUUUGACCUCGGAUUCCGCUUUGAUGUGGCAUGGUUCCUGACGGAGACUUCUCCUUUCAUGUGGGCCAGUCUGGGCAUCGGCUUGGCCAUCUCUCUGUCUGUGGUGGGAGCUGCCUGGGGGAUCUACAUCACUGGCUCAAGCAUCAUCGGUGGUGGUGUCAAGGCUCCACGUAUCAAGACCAAAAACUUAGUCAGCAUCAUCUUCUGUGAAGCCGUGGCCAUUUAUGGGAUCAUCAUGGCUAUUGUCAUCAGCAACAUGGCUGAGAACUUCGGCGGAACAACUCCUGAUGCUAUCGGGGCACGAAACUACCAAGCUGGUUACUCCAUGUUUGGAGCCGGGCUGACUGUGGGCUUUUCCAACCUUUUCUGCGGCAUCUGCGUCGGCAUCGUUGGCAGCGGAGCGGCGCUGGCGGACGCCCAGAACGCCAGCCUCUUUGUGAAGAUCCUCAUUGUGGAAAUCUUUGGAAGUGCGAUCGGCCUGUUCGGAGUCAUUGUUGCCAUUCUGCAGACGUCGAAAGUAAAGAUGGGUGACUAGACGAUGAGUUCACACGCCGAGAGGAUAACAACACUGCUGGAAAAAAUAGGAUGAAUUAUUGUGUAAAUACAUCGUAAAUUAUUUAAAUGUCUAUUUGCCUGGUGUUGUUUUUAACCAUCAUUCAUGCAAGAGUGAUACGUGCUACUGUCGUCAGGGAAACAUGAAUUUUUGAAUAAGAAAACUGGAAGGGAUACGAGGGAGUGCGUUUUCCUUCAACCUGCCUUUGUUCGUCAGCAGAUAUAAAUAAGUUCACCCUUCAGCGGUUCGUCUCGUUGAGCGUCGUAAGCAGAAAUGCAAAUUGUGUGACAGAUUUUAGGCGAAGAAUCAGUCCGUCUCUAGUCUGGAUAGAUUUAAGAUGAUGAUGUGGUUUUCUUCAUUUUUUUUUUUUUAAUUUCUCCAGCCACUCUUGUUGAAUUGUAGUUAAAAAUGACUCCAGAGUAUUUGAAUAUAUUUGUGCGUGCGUGUGUGUGUAUGCUGGACAUGUGAUCUUUAUUUUCCUGUAAAGCAUGAGGGUGUUUAUCAUUGUGUCUGUAGCCUGGUCUGUCAGAUUUUUUUUUUUUUGUUUGUUUGUUUUUUGUAUUUGUUCUUUGCUAAUAAGAAAGUGGCUCUUAAUCCACCCAGUGGCCCCACGUACAGUAUUUAUCUGGCCUCCGGUCGUCAUAGUGAUGGAUAACUUCUGGAGCUUUGAGUCGGAGUGAGGAGGUCACGGGACAUUUGGCUUUUUAAGAGGCCAAAUGGAGUGCGAUCACAGCAGCAGAUCUGCUCUAAAUGUGUCAUCCUGUCAUUCAUUCCUUGACUUCUUUAAAAAAAAAAAAAAAAAUCUCACCAUGAUGUCUAAAUUUGAGCCUCGCCAACAGAUCUGCCAGCCGGAGCUCCAAGGUUGAGUCUGCUUUUUAUCCAAGUUCUGAUCCCUGAUCCCGCAGUUUGUGUCGAGUAUAAACCGAACACUUGCUAUGAUUGUACAGUGUUAGCUCUCGGGAAGCCAGAAGAAAACUUUUAAAAGACCAGUUGUGCAUUUCAGUGUGCAUAGAAAUCACUAGCAGGUUUACAAAGAAACAAAGAGGACCUCUCCAUGAAGCUGGCUUUUUAGGAAACUGAAAAUCCUCAGUCACCCCUGAGCAUUACAUCCUCACUGUUUCUGUAGCAUUGGCUUCAUUCAACGAGAGAUUACAUAAUCAACUCAAUGCCUACAGAUUGUUUUUUUAAAUAGCCUUUUUUUUUCUCUGCAGAAAUCAAAUUCUACAGGUUUUCAUAUGUCUUUAUCUUAUUCAAUUGUCCUGUUUUGAAUGUUAACAUUUGACUAUUGUUAAAAUGUCAAUGUGUCUUUGUUUUCAAAAUUAGUUUCAACAUUCCUUAAACUUUCCUUCAUGUGUGUAAAAUUAAAUCCUUCGACAGCGCUCGACUCCUGUCGCACCCCAACAAAAUCGUCUAAGCUUCAUAAACUUUCGAACACGUAGGUUAAUAAUACGAUAAAAGUGAAGGUGGGUGCAGAGAGGGAAAUGCUUUAAGGCUGCAUCAUUAAGUCAAAUGUUUGACACGUUUGUUCACGCUCUACGUUCUUGGUGCACCGUUCCACAGAGGUGACAGACCACAGCUAAUUGUGAAGCAUCUCAUCUUUUCUUGUGAUUUUUCGCUCCUCUUCUUGAAGGAAACAUUGAAUCUGUCAAGGGGAGAAGAAGUCUUCUGUAAGUGUAAACCUGGCCUCAUACAUUAUGAAAUCCAGAUACAACUGUGAGAUGCCUUUAGUAAACCAGACUGUACCGAGCCCCAGGCUUUCAGUGACCGUAGAUGAUACUAGUGUGUACGUUACGUUGGCGUGAUGGUGAUUGACGAAUAAAAGUCAUUGUUUUGACAUUGUGUACAGUAAUAACAAAAUCAAAUUCCCUUUCUGGCUUCAUAAAUGUCCUUGAGAAAAUAAAGUGGUUCCAUUAAUGUC